CUCCCGCAGGGGCGGCGGGCGGGGUGGGGUGAGGCAGGCCGGCCCCCUCCCCUCCCGCCAGCCCUCCCUUCCUCCGGUCCUGCAGCCAAUUAGACGGCCCCCUUGGGCGGGAGGCGUGGGUCGCUCCAUAAAGCGGCGCGGAGCUGUCACCCCGCGAGCAGGCUGCGCACCAUCCAGGCCGGAGCCAGCGCCGCAGAUUCGGGCGCCUCGGGCCGGGGAGCGCAGAAGAGCCAUGGCCACUACCAACGGGGCCGUGGAGAACGGGCAGCCGGACAGGAAGCCGCCUGCCCUGCCGCGCCCGGUCCGCAACCUGGAGGUCAAGUUCACCCAGAUAUUCAUCAACAAUGAAUGGCACGAAUCCAAGAGUGGAAAAAAGUUUGCCACGUAUAAUCCUUCAACUCUAGAAAAAAUAUGUGAAGUAGAAGAAGGAGAUAAGCCCGACGUGGACAAGGCAGUGGAGGCCGCACAUGCCGCCUUCCAGAGGGGCUCACCCUGGCGCCGUCUGGAUGCCCUGGGCCGGGGCUGGCUGCUGCAUCAGUUGGCUGACCUCGUGGAGAGGGACCGCGCCGUUCUGGCUACCCUGGAAACGAUGGACACAGGGAAGCCGUUCCUUCACGCCUUUUUCAUCGAUCUGGAGGGCUGUAUUAAAACCCUCAGAUACUUUGCAGGGUGGGCUGACAAAAUACAGGGCAGGACCAUCCCCACAGAUGACAACGUGGUAUGCUUCACCAGGCAUGAGCCCAUAGGUGUAUGUGGGGCCAUCACUCCUUGGAACUUCCCUCUGCUGAUGCUGGUGUGGAAAUUGGCACCCGCCAUCUGCUGUGGGAACACCAUCGUUGUGAAGCCGGCGGAGCAGACACCCCUCACUGCCCUUUAUCUGGGCUCCCUGAUCAAAGAGGUCGGAUUCCCUCCAGGAGUGGUCAACAUCGUGCCGGGAUUUGGGCCCACAGUGGGAGCAGCGAUUUCCUCUCACCCUCAGAUCAGCAAGAUCGCCUUCACGGGGUCCACAGAGGUUGGAAAGUUGGUUAAAGAAGCUGCCUCUCGGAGUAAUCUGAAGAGGGUGACCCUGGAGCUUGGGGGGAAGAACCCCUGUAUUGUGUGUGCAGAUGCUGACCUGGACUUGGCAGUGGAGUGCGCCCAUCAGGGAGUUUUCUUCAACCAAGGUCAGUGCUGCACGGCCGCCUCCAGGGUGUUCGUGGAGGAGCAGAUCUACGCGGAGUUUGUGAGGCGGAGCGUGGAACACGCCAAGAAGCGUCUGGUGGGAGACCCCUUUGACGUCAGAACGGAGCAGGGGCCGCAGAUAGACCAAAAGCAGUUUGACAAAAUCCUCGAUCUGAUCGAGAGUGGGAAGAAGGAGGGAGCCAAGCUGGAAUGUGGGGGUUCAGCCAUGGAAGACAGGGGGCUCUUCAUCAAACCCACUGUCUUCUCAGAAGUUACGGACACCAUGCGCAUUGCCAAAGAGGAGAUUUUUGGACCGGUGCAGCCAAUCCUGAAGUUCAAAAAUAUCGAAGAAGUGAUAAAAAGGGCCAACAGCCUUGAAUACGGACUCACGGCAGCUGUGUUCACCAAAAACCUCGACAAAGCACUGAAGCUGGCUUCCGCCUUGGAGUCUGGAACCGUAUGGAUCAACUGCUAUAACGCCAUCUACGCACAGGCUCCAUUUGGUGGCUUUAAAAUGUCAGGAAAUGGCAGAGAACUUGGUGAGUACGCACUGGCUGAGUACACAGAGGUGAAAACUGUCACCAUCAAACUCGAUGACAAGAGCCCCUGAAGGAAAGGCGGGCUUCUU